CAAAUAAUUAAUUAUGGUGCCCUCAAAUUGAAUCAAAAGCAUUACUUUUGCACUGAGGAUAUUAAAAGGGAUAGUUCGACCAAAAAUGAAAAUUCUCUCAUCAUUUACUCACCCUCAUGUCAUCCCAAAAUGACGUUCUUUCUUCUGCAGAACACAAAUGAAGAUUUUUAGAAGAAUAUCUCAGCUCUGUAAAUCCAUGCAAUGCAAGUGAAUGGUGACCAAAACUUUGAAGCUCCAAAAAACACAAAGGCAGCAUAAAAGUAAUCCAUAAGACUCAAGUGGUUUAAUCCAUGUCUUCUAAAGCAAUCUAAAUGGUUUUUAGUGAGAACAGACCAAAAUAUGACUCCUUUUUCAAUAUAAAUCUUGACAUCAGCAGUCUCCUUAACGAUCAUGAUUUCAAGCUCAGUUACGCUUCCGAGCAUCAUCUAGUGCUCUUCAAAUGCAUCAAACACUAGAAAGUGUAAUCGACUGAUUGGACUGCUUCAGAAGACACUGGAGUCAUAUGGCUGCCUUCAUGACCCCGUUUCCACCUGGUAUUAAGAUGUGUUUCGGGUGAACUGAUCACGUGUGGUCAGCCCUAAAUACAGGUCUAAACGGGGUCUAAAACGUUUUGUGAUCGGAUCACAAAAGCCACAUACGAAUGUGGUCACAAACGCAUGGGACCACAUCACAUCUGAGGUGUAAAUGCUAAUCCGUCCUGUAUGCAUCCCGCCAGCAGUGAAGCACCACCUCUCACCUGUCAAUCAACCGCUGCGCAAAAACGAGAGUUUAAACUUUAAAAGGAAAUAACCGUCUGAUCAGAAAAUUAAAAAAAGCAGAUACAUACACAGUCACAGGAGCUUCAUGGAUCUUUCCACGCUUUCUUUGUCUUUUCUGACAUUGUUGCGCUUUAAUCCACAAUUGGCCCAGUUGACCACUGGGCGGUGCCAUGAUGAUUCUAAUUGCCUGUUUUCUGUUUCUGGUCAAGGCGCACUGUAAAACUAACUAAAAUGAGCAAUCCAGAUGGAGAACAACAACCAUUUGUGGUUGAAAUGUUAUUUGGAGUAAAAAUGAAUUUUUCACUCAACUUGUGCAGUUGUUGGCUGUCAUAACAACUCAAAGUAAGUAAUGAUAUCAAAGUAACUAACCUCGGACCAUCGCUUCAUGUCAUCUACAUACACAGGUAAGGUACUGUAAAAAUAAAUAAAAAAAGUGGUAUUGCCACUAUAUAGCCACAUGUUUUUGACCAUUUCUACAAAUGUAAUACUUUACCCGCUUAGAAAAUACGCCGAUGUGGGUGAAAACACUGGAGACCUGAAAUUGAAAACAGGCGAAUCAUGGAACACUUCCACGUUUAGGAAAAAGGUAUGGGAAGGACGUUGGCGAGUUAUCCCAUACCAUCUCCUCCCCGAUUGGCUAAAGGACAAUGAUUACCUGCUUCAUGGACACCGCCCACCCAUGCCGUCCUUCCGUGCCUGUUUUAAAAGCAUCUUCAGGGUACACACAGAGACUGGAAACAUCUGGACACACCUUCUGGGCCUCAUUCUGUUCCUGUGUUUGGGCACACUGACAAUGCUGCGGCCAAACAUCUCGUUCAUGGCUCCUGUGCAGGAGAAGGUGGUGUUUGGGAUGUUCUUUCUUGGUGCAGUGCUCUGUCUGUGUUUCUCAUGGCUUUUUCAUACCGUCUACUGCCACUCUGAAAAAGUCUCUAGAACUUUCUCCAAGUUGGAUUACUCUGGUAUUGCAUUGUUGAUCAUGGGUUCAUUUGUUCCAUGGUUGUACUACUCAUUCUACUGCUCUCCUCAGCCACGGCUCAUCUAUCUCUCAGUUGUUUGUGUGCUGGGUACUGCUGCUAUCAUUGUGGCUCAGUGGGACCGCUUUGCCACACCUCGCCACCGGUCCACACGUGCAGGUGUAUUCCUGGGCCUCGGGCUGAGUGGGCUCAUUCCUACAAUGCACUUUACCAUCGCAGAGGGUUUUGUGAAGGCAACAACAGUCGGUCAGAUGGGCUGGUUCUAUCUAAUGGGUGCCAUGUAUGUCAGUGGAGCAGCACUUUAUGCAGCACGGAUACCGGAACGCUAUUUCCCUGGACAAUGUGACAUCUGGUUCCAGUCUCAUCAGAUAUUCCAUGUGUUGGUUGUGGGUGCUGCAUUUGUCCAUUUUUAUGGAAUAUCAAACUUGCAGGAGUUCCGUUAUAGCCUGGAAGGAGGCUGCACAGAUGACUCCCUGUUAUAAAAAAUAAAUCUACACCAUUUACCACAAAUCACUUAAACUGUGGCCAGAGCCUUCUCACUACACAGUGAAACUGGAUUCAACACAAUACUUAUUUCAAGAUUUUAUUAUCUUUUAAAGGAUUUUAACAUAUAGAAAAUAAUAAAGAACUAGGUGUGCUUCAGAGGUUUUAAAAAUGUAUACAGAGUUCAUGCAGGGCCAUAAAAAGUCUUUAAUAUCUUAACUGGUAUAAAAAAAAGUCUUAAGCAUUUUAAGAGGUCUUAAAUUUGGUGAGGGAAACACAGGAAUCACAAUAUGGGCUAAUGUGAUUAAAUAAAUAUAGUCUGCCUGCUUCAAAGUGAAGAUGCGGUACUGUUGCACAUUCUACAAGAACGUGAGGGGCUUGUGAGUGUUUCCAGCGAUUAUCUACUGUUGAUGAAUUACUGCUCAUAUUUAUUAUAUGACAAUGUUUACUUUAUAAUGUUUAUAUUGUAAUACAUUGUAGAUGAUUGUAAGUGUGCAUAUUUUGUUUCCCUUAUCUGUUUUUGUGAACAGCUGGCAGCACGGACAUUUAAAAAUAAAAGUCUCCCUUGUUUUUCGUGUCUGUUUAUAGUUAAAAGUCCAGCGUUUAUAUUUUGGUUGCACAAUAAACUGCAUUUGGUAUUUCAUUCAA